CGGUGGGGGAGGGGGGGAUGUUGGCUCACGGGGCGGUGCGGGACUUGGUUCGCUUCUACACCGUCACAGAGCCGAAGAGGCACCGGAGGGGCCACACAGUGUACAGAGUGACGGCCCGGAUCGUUUCAAGGAAGAACCCGGAGGAUGUCCAAGAGAUAGUAGUUUGGAAACGUUACAGUGAUUUUAAGAAACUUCACAGAGAGCUGUGGCAGCUUCACAAAACUUUAUACAGACACUCAGAAUUAUUUCCACCUUUCGCCAAAGGAAAAGUGUUUGGUCGCUUUGAUGAAACCGUGAUCGAAGAGAGACGACAGUGUGCUGAAGACCUCCUUCAAUUCUCGGCCAACAUCCCAGCCUUGUUUAACAGUAAACAGCUUGAAGAUUUCUUUAAGGAUGGAGAGGUCCAUGAUGGGUCUGAGCUGAUUGGCCCAGUGGAGCCCUCAUCUGAAUCUCUGAUUGACAGCUUGUCAGAUGGCAGUACUGAAGCUCGAAAGGAAUUUUGUGGCAUUGACGAUGUCACCCUCACAAGUCAGUCAGAAUCUGGAGAGCACGACCUGCCAGGCUGCUCGAGCGACAGCGACUUGCUCUCGCUGACGGUGGAUUCCCUGGACGAAUUCGACGAUGGGAUGGCGUCGGGCGGAGAUUCUCCGAACCGGUGCCGGGAGCUCGGCCCCUCCCCCGAGCCAGCGGCGAAAUCGGGAGCCGCUUCCGGUCUGGAGAGGAGCAGAGACGGGGCGGAAGGAGGCAAAGGCAAGUGGACGCAGCAGAUCGGGAGUUUGAAAGCUAGAACGGGGAGAGGGGACUAUCUGGAGAAGGCGGGGGAGCAGAUAAAGUUGGCAUUGCAGAAGGAGUCGGAACAGGACUACGAAGGAGCCUUCAAUUUCUAUAGGAACGGAGUUGACCUGCUUCUUCAGGGGGUGCAAGGUGAGCCCAGCCCCAGUCGCCGGGAAGCAGUUAAGAGGAAGACGGCCGAGUACCUCAUGCGCGCUGAGCAGAUCUCCUCGCAGUACCUGAGGACGUCCGCGGAAAAUGGUUCGGUUCAUUCCAAGCCUCCAGGACCGCUAAGUUCAAGGCCCGCUUGGAACCUGAGGAGCCCUGCAGAGGAGCUGAGGGCCUUCCGAGUCCUCGGGGUGAUUGACAAGGUUUUACUUGUCUUGGAUUCCAGAACACAGGAGACCUGCGUUUUAAAAGGUCUGAGGAAAAGCAGCAAGUGCAGCAGGAACAGAAAGACCAUCAUCCCCCACUGUGUGCCCAACAUGGUGCGGCUGAGGAAACACAUCAUCUCCGAGGACACCAUAUUCCUGUUGCUGCACUAUGCCGAAGGAGGGAAGCUGUGGUCGUACGCCAACAAAUUCCUCCGGGAAAGAAGCCGAGAGAGUUUCGAGAGCCCGGUGUUGGGAAGAGGGCGUCCCGAGCCUCUCGGCUCCGAGGAGGAGAGGUCGAGCACGGACGGCUCGGCCCAGGAGGACAGCAGCCUCGACUCGGGGGGCAGCGAGCUGGGCCGCGUGCCUCUGAAGGGCGAGAGGAGCGCCCCGGAGGCAGGCGGCCGGGACUCCCCGGGGAAGCCCGGCUCGGAAGCUCGCCGGGCGGGUUGCGAGCCGGAGUUCACCAGCAGCUACCUCACUCUGUGCAACGAGUACGACCGAGAGAAGACCGACCCCGGCAGCCUGCCGCCUCCCGAAACCCUCCAGGCCGCCUGCGCGGGCGGAGGGGGCCUCGCCGGGGAGGCGGGGGCCGCUUCCCGCUCCCACUCCCUGCUCAGCCGCGACAGCCUCUGCUCCCCCUCCCCCUCUUCCUCCUCCGCCGCCGUCGACCACGAGCUGCGGUUCUUCACCGAGGACCUGGUGGCCGAGGUCUUCAGCCCCACCAGGUCCUCGGACCCCCUGAGCCUGUCCAAGAACAGCCCCAUGGAGUUCUUCCGGAUCGACAGCAAGGACAGCGCCAGCGAAUGGCUGUGCCCCGACCCGGCGGAUAGGCCCCUGGGCGGGAGGGCGGAAUCCACGCCGGGUUUCCAGCUGGCGGGCGAGGACGGGUUUGAGCCCGGCCGGGUCAGGGCGGACCCGGAGGCCUUUCUGCCCCCGGAUACGUGCAGCGGGGCCUCCUCCAGCGACUCGGUCCCUGUUAUCUCCUUCCAGGACGCGGGGACCGGGGACACCAGCAGCUGCGAGGAGGGCCGGCCCGACUUGCUGGUCAACCUGCCCGGUGUUCCGGAGGCGGCCGCCGAGGCCGGCCCGGCCGGUCUGUCCCAGGACUCGGGCCCGAGUCGAGCCGAGGAGCCCGAGAGGAGGCGGCAGGAGAAGCCGGACGUUCUGCGCAUGAGCUGCAACUCGGGCCACGGGAACGCCGGGAGUGCGGGCGAGGAGAUCGCGGUGGACAAGCCGGAGGCCGUGAGGGAAGAAAUGGACCCUUGUUCUUUCUUCGCCGUCGCCCAUGACACGAACAAGCCAAAGGCCACCGGGUCCCCGUCUCCCGUUAUCUCAGACGCGGCAGAACAAUCCCUCGGGGGUCCGAGACCCGUCACUGCGGCGCACAGCGGGACCACCCCUCGCUCUGACGAUUCCUGCCGAGACGCCGAGGUUUAUCCCGAUCGCAAAGCGGCCGCCGGGGUUGAAGACCGUCUAACAGCCCGCGAGGGGGACACUGCUGCCCCGCCCGACAUCGGCGCCGCAGGAACGUGCGCAGGGCAAGCGGGCGCCUGCGACCGGGAAGCACCAAACCGCCUCCUGUGUUCAGCGAGCUCAGAUGGGAAGGCAGUGGCAGGAUUCCCCGCUGACCCGAGGACAGGUCGAGGGGCAUUAGUCUCUCACGUGUUCGAGGAGCUGGAAGAAAGUUUGGUGCGAGCGUCCGCUGCGAACAUCCCGGAGAGCUGCGUUCGGCAGUGGGCGACGGAGAUCGUCCUCGCUCUCGACGCACUUCACCGGGAAGGAAUCAUAUGCCAGGAUUUGAACCCAAACAAUAUCUUGCUGAAUGACAAAGGACACAUACAGCUAACGUAUUUCAGCAGAUGGAGCGAGGUUGACGAUUCUUAUGACAGCAGUGCCGUAGAGAAAAUGUACUGCGCCCCAGAGGUCGGUGGGAUAGCGGAGGAAACGGAAGCUUGUGACUGGUGGAGUCUCGGUGCAAUUCUGUUUGAACUCCUGACGGGGAAGCCUCUGUUUCAGUGCCAUCCAGCUGGGAUAAAUACCCACACAUCCCUAAACAUGCCAGAUCACAUGUCGGAGGAAGCCAAAUCACUGGUUCAGCAGCUUUUGCAAUAUAACCCCAGCGAAAGGCUCGGUGCUGGCGUGUCGGGGGUUGAAGAUAUCAAAUCGCACCCGUUCUUCUGCAGAAUGGACUGGGCCAAAGAGGCGAGGUAAAAAAAACUUUACAGAGGAUCUACAGAUGUCACCAUUGCUGCACUAACCAGCAUUGCACUUGAGUGUGUGGAGGGGGGAGGGGGUGAGCCACAUUGCCAGAUCCCAGAUGUUUCAGUUGGGCCUGAGCCACCCGUGGAGUGAACUGUGAAAUGGUGUUAUCAGCCGGAAGGAACAACUUGAAUUUUUUUUUAAAAAAAGGGUUAUUUCACUACGAUUGAGACUGUAAGUUAUAAGCACAUCCGGUGCUGAGCUUGGAACACGUUAUAAAUUCGUGAAUAACAAUACAUUCUGUAGAUACAUGUAUAUAAGUUAGGUAUGGCAAAGGAGAAAAAAUAACGAGCAAUUAAACCUGUACCCGUGAUGUACACAACUCUUAUUUAUUUCUAGAAGAUAGUUUGUGGUGCUAUAUCAUAUUACUUUACAACUGUCUCUUAACAAGGAUAAUUUCUGCUUCCUUUUGUUACUAAUUACUAUUCGUAUCAUGAACCAAUUAAUUACAGGAUGCAGAUUCGAACUGACUAAAUAAAAAAGUUUACACUUUA